AUGAGACAGUCUCCCUCUCCGUCCCCGUCCCCGGCAUUGUCCUCCCCUCCGCCCUCCACCUUGCCGUACACACCCAAAGUAUCAUUCGACACCUUUGAAAAUCCUGUCGCUUCCAUGUUCUCAUUCACCCUCUCUGCAAAGUCGUCUGGCUAUCGGCGCACUCGCAGCACCCGCGUCUUUCUCUGUGCUGCCUCUCCAGAUGAGACUGGCAACGAGGCCCUCGACUGGGCUCUCGACUCGCUCGUCCAGGAUGGAGACGAGUUUGUUGUCUGUCGCGGCGUCGACGAGGACGAGCUCGCUGCAAAGGACCACGAUAUCCUCCGCGAUGAGGCCAGGAAGCUCAUGCAGCGCGUCCAGGACAAGGCGUCUGAUCUCCCGGACAGAAAGCUCUCCCUGAUCCUCGAAUAUGUCCCAGGCAGGAUCACAGACACCCUCGACCGCCUCAUUGCCCUCUACCGUCCAGAUUCAGUCGUCGUAGGCACUCGUGGCAGAAAGGCAUGGCAGAAUAUAGGAAAAGGUCCCAUGGGCUCUGUAUCUAGAUAUGUCCUCAUACAUUCACCCGUUCCUAUCAUCGUCGUCAGGCCAGAGCGCAAGGUCAAAAAGGCUGUUCAGAAGAGAAAGGCUGAUCCAAAGCGCGGUAUACACUUUGAUUAGUCCUUGGAUGACUUUAAUCAGAUGGGCGAGGGAGAGAGAGAACGGAAUACGUUGUACGUCCGUUAUCAUGGCGAGUGUCUUUUUUUUUGGACUGUCCGGAUAUUUCCGU